CUGAGCGAGGGGCACCAUGUCAGGCAGAGGCAAGGGCGGGAAGGGGCUCGGCAAGGGCGGCGCCAAGCGCCACCGCAAGGUGCUGCGCGACAACAUCCAGGGCAUCACCAAGCCGGCCAUCCGCCGUCUGGCUCGGCGCGGCGGCGUCAAGCGCAUCUCGGGGCUCAUCUACGAGGAGACGCGCGGCGUGCUCAAGGUCUUCCUGGAGAACGUGAUUCGCGACGCCGUUACCUACACCGAGCACGCCAAGAGAAAGACGGUCACGGCCAUGGACGUGGUCUACGCCCUCAAGCGCCAGGGACGCACCCUCUACGGCUUCGGCGGCUAAAACAGACCUUUUGUUCCCGGAUCACCUCGAGAAACGAACCCAAAGGCUCUUUUAAGAGCCACCCACUU